UUCGAUCCGGACGCCAUACUGCCUGCUCAGGCUGUCUCAAGCGGCGUCGACAUCGAUGGCGGAAUCGUCUUCUCCAGAACCGUGUCGGCGUCUGCGCGACCUCAACGCACACACACGUCCAGAACGCUGGACGCUGACGAUCCGGCCGAAUCUGGACUCCGCCGACCAUCCGAUGCCAAGCGGAAACAGGUCUUCGCUGGCAGCAAGUUGAUAUUCCUCGCAUAUCAAAGCAUUGGAGUCAUCUAUGGCGACAUUGGAACGUCGCCGCUGUACGUCUUUUCGAGCGUCUUUGGCUCGACUGCGCCGAAAAGAGAUGAUUUGAUCGGGGUGCUGUCGUUGAUCAUCUGGUCAUUGAUCAUGAUGGUGACGGUCAAGUAUAUCUUGAUCAUCCUACAUGCGGACAACGAAGGUGAGGGCGGGACUUUCUCGUGCUACUCUCUGCUGUCGAGAUAUGCCCGGAUCGCCAACCGCGAUCCUCGCGAGGAGCAAUUGGUCAACAUCGAGCGACAUUUGACCAACGACAUGCGACCGGCAAAUCUCAAAGUUCGCAAUACCGUGGAAAACAGUCGUGCUUUGAAGGUUCUGCUGAAGAUUGUUGGAAUCCUAGCGGUCUCCAUGGUCAUUUCCGAUGGAGUGCUCACUCCCGCGCAGUCCGUCCUCGGCGCCAUCCAAGGUCUCACCGUUGUGACGCCCAGUAUCUCGAAUGGCACUGUUGUUGGAACAACAUGCGGCAUUCUGGUCUUGCUCUUUGCCAUCCAGCCUUUUGGAACCACCAAGAUCGGGACUGCCUUUGCUCCGAUCAUCAUCAUCUGGCUAGGUCUGCUGGCAAGCUUUGGCAUCUACAAUCUCGUACUCUACGACAGCGGCGUCUUCAAGGCGUUCAAUCCUGCCGAGGCCUUCAUGUUUCUGAUACGCAACAAAGAGAGCGGAUGGAGGUCAUUGAGCGGCAUCCUUCUCGCAUUCACGGGUGUAGAGGCGCUGUUCGCCGACCUGGGCGCAUUCUCCAUGCGAGCGAUUCAGAUCAGCUGGCUCGGAUGGUGCUUGCCUUGCCUUCUUCUCGCGUAUACUGGUCAGGCCGCUUACAUUUCAGUCCAUCCGGAAGCCUACAGCAAUCCAGUCUUCAACACUGCUCCGCCAGGAUGCCUCUAUCCGAUUCUCGUGUUUGCAAUCCUCGCCGCGAUCGUCGCCUCGCAAGCCAUCACAACGGCAACCUUCCAGCUGCUCUCCCAGAUCAUCAAGCUUUCUUACUUUCCCCAGAUCCAGGUAAAGCAUACCUCCAAGGUGUUCCACAACCAACUGUACGUCCCGCUGGUGAAUUAUCUGCUGGCCAUCGGAGCAGUGGUCGUCACCGCCGUGUAUCGAAACACCACCGCUCUUGGCAACGCAUACGGAGUGUGCGUCAUGUUUGUCACAUUCUUCGACACGCUCAUGGUCACCUUGGUCUCUCUGAUCGUCUGGCGCUUUCCUCCGUAUCUCAUCGCACUUCCAGCUCUCGCUAUCCUCUGCAUGGACGGAGCCUUCCUGUCAGCUGCAUUGACCAAGGUACCUCACGGAGCCUGGCUGACCAUUGUCAUGAGCACGGUGCUGGCAGCGAUCUUCACCCUCUGGCGCUUUGGCAAAGAGUCGCAGUGGGCCGCAGAGAGGGAGGAUCGCCUACCACUAUCGCGCUUCGUUGAGCUAGGCGAGCACGGCAGUUUCAAGCUCGCGGCCACAAAUGGACGACAAGGUGGUGAAGUAUUGUCAGUCUCCCGAGGCUUCGGCAUCUUCUUCGACAAGGGCGGCAUCAACACUCCUCUGGUAUUCAACCAUUUCAUCAACAAGCUGGUAGUCACACCCGAGGUCAUCGUGUUCUUCCAUCUCCGUCCUCUCGAAUAUCCGACGGUUCCAGCGGCCGAAAGAUUCAUCGUCUCGCAAAUCAAGUUCUUGCCAAACUGCUUCCGGGUAGUCUGCCGACAUGGAUACAUGGACGAAGUUGUAACUUCAGAUCUCGCCGCAAUCAUCUACGGCCAUGUUCAAAGCUACGUCCAGGACAAAAUCCGGCAUGAUCAGACCGCCACGCUCUCUCGGACCAGCACUCUUGAUGAGAAGACACAUAUCGACCACCCGAUCGAUAAAGAUUCGCCCGAAUUCGGAGUGGCCGAAAUCACCGCUCCCGAUCCUGCGGUGACGAUGGAACAGCUGCAACAAGCCUACGAUUAUCGUGUUCUUUACAUCAUCGGCAAGGAAGAAAUGCAUAUAAAGCGCAGCAGUCCCUUUUGGCGCAAAGCCGUGCUUGCAAUUUUCCUGUUCUUGCGGGACAACUCACGGAACAAGAUCGCAAACUUGAAGGUGCCUACCGAUCGACUUGUGGAGAUUGGCUUCGUGAAGGAUGUAUAGAUGUUGAAGAGGGCAGGAGACAUAGCACAAAUCACGACCGCCAUUUCAAACA